CUUUUCUCUCUUUUUCACAGUAUCCCACAAUGUGAUGAAGAGAAUCCUUGGUACUGGACAGUUAAUGAACCUAUACACUUCAAAUCUCUUUCCACGACUCAAAGAAACAGAAAUCUAUGAGAUACCUGAUCCUGUGUAUCAAGCUUCUAUUGCCCAGGAAGGUAGCCGCUGUAAGUGACCACAUGUCUGAACCCUGGAUGCAUCUACCGUGUUCUGAACCUUGGUACCAGCCACGGCCCCCGAAGAGACGGCCGUACCCAUGGGGAGGACAGUGGGGUUGCGAGUCAGGUCAAGUAGAGUACCAGCCAGUGUUGAUUGGUCUAAGAAAGGGCAGUGUGCUGACCCGCCACAACUUAAAUACUGGAAGAGUCUAUGAUAUAGUGAACCUUGGUCCCUCACCCACCAACACCCUUGCUAUCAACUAUGUGGCAGAUGUACUCAUCAUCAAAUCUCCAAGAUUGUUUCUUGCCAGCCAAUCAGAACACUUCUUCAGGUUCCAUGUGUUCCAACUUCAUCCCUUCAAGCAUAUUACUACCUUCGAUAUAGAAAGUGGAGUCUUUCCAAGCAAGGAACACAAGGAGGAGUUUGGUAAGCUUCGUAAUGCUGAGAUCCAUGAUGGCCUCUUGCUGAUCAUGACAGAAAAAAACUUCAACCUGAUUUAUGAUGCAGAGAAAAUCAUUCAGGACUGUGUUACUGCUCAGAGUAAGGUGAAUGAGGUGUUGGAGACCAGGCCAGUGAACAAGGUGAGGCAGGCACCCAAACUGCUGUUUUCCACCUAUGCUCACUUGGAUAUCCUUGGCCUAGGAGGAUGUCCUUGGACCUAUAUCAGAGCUUUGUCUGAUUCAGUAGUGGAGUGCGAGAUCUUGACGUCUCUACCGGUCCGGCAGGACCUGACCUCCCAGUUGGUGUUGCGACUCCCACUUCCCAUCAAUCCAGGCGUACAAGGGCGGAGUAGAGAGGCCGACGUAGUCCUCUCCAAGGCCUUAUUCUGUGGUGUUACGGCCCGCCCGUAACAUACAUUACUACCAUCACCUCCUCCGCUUGUUACCUCGUUCGCCACCUCUCCGCCUCCCCUUCCCCGUCACCGUCUCGUGAACCUUCCACGCCACCGUUUC